GAGGGAACCAAGCUCGCAGGUGGACAGAGAGACUACUUGGCUGCUGAGUUUUGCACUGUACAUUCUACAGAGUCCGUGUCGGAAUAAAUAUGAACAGAAACUUCGGGUGCGACGACUCGAAGGGAGUGAGCACCACCCAUUACGAACAAACCGAGGUCGUGCAAGGAGGCGGUGAUGGAUGCGAUGGUGGAUACUCCUUUAGCUCUUCAGAGUCCUCUGGAGGCGGCAUUGGAGGCGGAAUGUCAGGCGGAGUGAUGCGCUGUGCGUCAAGCGGAAUGUCGAGCGGUAUGGGAGGCGGAAUGUUGAGCGGAAUGGGAGGCGGAAUGUUGAGCGGAAUGGGAGGUGGAACGAUGAGCAGUUCGUCAAACAAAGUGAUGCACUCUUCGUCAAGCGGAACGUCCGGCGGAAUGAUGAGCGGUAUGGGAGGCGGAAUGAUGAGCGGUAUGGGAGGCGGAAUGAUGAGCGGGACAGGAGGCGGAAUGAUGAGCGGUAUGGGAGGCGGAAUGAUGAGCGGGACGGGAGGCGGAAUGAUGAGCAGUAUGGGAGGCGGAAUGAUGAGCGGGACGGGAGGCGGAAUGAUGAGCGGUAUGGGAGGCGGAAUGAUGAGCGGGACGGGAGGCGGAAUGAUGAGCGGUAUGGGAGGCAGAAUGAUGAGCGGGACGGGAGGCGGAAUGAUGAGCGGGACGGGAGGCGGAAUGAUGAGCGGCAUGUCCGGCGGAAUGAUGAGCGGAACGGGAGGCGGAAUUAUGAGCGGUUCAUCAAACAGAGUGGUGCACUCUUCGUCAAGCGGAACGUCAGGCGGAAUGGCGAGCGGUACCGCCAUGUCAGGCGGAAUGUCGGGCUGCACAAUGAGAGGCGGAAUGGGUGGCUCGAGUUCCAUGCAGACAACCACGGUUGUGAAGAAAUCUCAAUACACUCUUGAGUCUGACAACAGCUGCAACAACUGAGGACUCUGCAAGUCUCCACUCCCACUAUUCCCACCCCACAUGUAAUACUUUUAAUAAUGCACAUGCAUUAUUCUCUCAGCUUUCCUCAGCUUUUCUGAGACAUUUGUGUGUGUAACUUCUUUUAAACAGCAACCAGUUGAUAGAUAUCUUUAAACAUGCUUCAUCCUAAACCAGAUAUAGUAAGCACAAUAACAUGCAACAUAUCAUGUUCUAUUCGGUUCUGAAAUAAACGCAGGUAUUUUCCUCGACUCAUUUAA